AUGUGUGCCGCAAGAAUGCCCUUGAAAUACUUGGACAACGCAAGAAAGAUUCUUUGCAUAGGAAGAAACUAUGCUGAACACAUCAAGGAGUUGAACAGCGCAAAGCCUCAACAGCCAUUCUUUUUUUUAAAGCCUAGCUCGUCUAUUUUAAAACCCAAUGACGGUCCGUUCUUAGUGCCCAAGGGAGUCACCGUGCACCACGAAGUUGAGUUGGCGUUCAUUUUGAAUAAGGACUUGAAAGAUUUGUCGCCCGAUUUUUCACCCGAGAAAGCUUUAGCUAGUAUCGAAGGUUACGCCUUGACUAUAGACAUGACCGCUAGAAACGUCCAGAACGAGGCCAAGAAGAAAGGCUUGCCCUGGACGAUCGGUAAAGGGUUCGACACGUUUUUGCCCGUUUCAAACUUCAUCCCCAAGGAGAAAAUCCCCGAUCCUUACAAUGUGGAGUUGGAGUUGAAGAUCAAUGGCGAGACUAAGCAGCACGACAACACCAACUUGAUGAUCUUCCCUAUCCACAAGAUCUUGAGCACAAUGUCCAACAUCAUGACGCUCGAAAAGGGAGAUUUGAUCUUGACCGGUACGCCAAAGGGCGUGGGGCCAAUUGUCGACGGCGAUGAAAUCGAAGCAACGUUGAAAGUGAAUGGCCAAGUGGUUGAAACCAUCAAGUGCAAAGCCGAGACCAAGCCAGGGUACUACGAAUAUUCAGAAAUCUAG